CUUCCUUCGGAUUCCGGAUUUGUUAACGCAACGCAAAAAAACACUGCACUGCGGAGUCACGACGCGGAAUAAAAUUCUCACGCGAGCACGCACAAGGAUUGAAACAUCUCUGCGAUUUGGGCGACUUGUUCGUCAAACGAACGUACUAGCUAGAUAGACGACAAACAACCGAUCCUUGACAGGAAGAAGAAGAAGCUUUGCGACAUCGCGCACUCUAAAUUAUUCGCACCGCGAGCGUGUCCUCUUACCUUUGUAAUUUGACGUGCGAGAGUUGUCGUGUGCUCGAUCGCAUCGCGACCGGAAAAAUUUAAAACGCGCGUUAUGCAAAUGCGCGUGUUGCUUGAAACACAAUCGAUAUUCAGGGACGACGGUCUAUACCGUCCGUCCUUGUUUUCCGUCGAAACGUCAUAUCGUUUCGUGUCGAUGAUGUCGAUCAUUCGUGCGCGAUAAGAACGAAAAAUUCGAUUCGUUCUUCGCAAACUUCGUCGCUUAACGGAAAAGUGACAGAAAUAUUCCGAUAUCGAAGAUUUCGGUGUAACCUGAGCGCGCCUCAAUCAGGGGCCGUUUGGGCUUUCGCAAACGUCGCAGUUUUUCUUUCGAUUUCCGAUUAUUCGCGACAAAAAAAUGCGAAGAUCAACGUGAGAGUUGAGAUUUUUUCGCAAGUUCGUUCGCGCAAAUUCGGCAAAAUCUAUCGAAAUCUCGGCGUUUUGGAUCUCUCGCGUCAACGAUCGAAGGGACUCGUGGUUCUUCGUCCAACUUUUUUUUUUUUUUUUUACAAAUCACUCGCCGAUCGAUCGCAAGUGUCGAGAGUUUCGCGAUUGUUGGCGAAUAUUUAGCUUCGUCACGACUCCGCAAUCUCGUCAGGUGAAGAAAAUAAUGCGCAGCCGACAAGUAAAAUUCGAAAAGGAGACGCGCACGGAUUUCGCUUCUUGGAUCACAUGUUUGUGAAAUCGCGGCUUCGCGUCGGUCGAUCGAGCGGCUGCGGCGCCGCAUGAUUUUCGGAACUUCCGCGAGGAGAAGAGAGUGAGAGAGAGAGAGAGAGAAAGAGAGAGAGAAAGAACAUCAGGAAAGCAACGAUCAGCGGAGCUAUCGGUGUGACACGUUGUUUGAUACGGAGAUAUCAGCUGCUAACUCGGCUAGUGCGGAUUAUUUUUUACAAUAUGUCAGACUGGGAUACCGCGCCUAUUACUCUGCGAAAACGUGUUCCGAAAUCGUCGACUCUGAAAACCGAGAAGGCGGUAAACGACGCACGACGACAAGGAUACCAGGUAGAAACCCAGGCGAAAUGUAAGUGGGGUGGUGGAGCAAAUAGGCAACACGUAACUACAAAGAACACAGCCAAAUUGGAUCGGGAAACCGAGGAAUUAAAACAUGAUCAAAUCCCCCUUGAACUUGGCAAACUUAUCCAACAAGGUCGUCAGAGCAAAGGAUUGUCUCAGAAAGAUCUUGCUACGAAAGUAAACGAGAAGGCGCAAGUCAUCAACGACUACGAAGCGGGUCGCGGAAUUCCAAAUCAGAUGGUGAUCGGCAAAAUCGAGCGAGUACUCGGAAUUAAAUUGCGUGGUAAAGAUCGCGGCAAACCCUUAGUGGCCCCCGGGACGAAGAAGUGAAUCUCGGGGGGCAAUUUGGUACUUUCGAUUCUUAUACACUGUUCCCGUGGAAGAAUUAUGAGGAGGAUGGUAGAAUGGAAUAAUGAAAAAAAAAAAAAAAAAAUGCACAA